AUGACGACGGCAAGGAAGCUAGCAAAUAGCAAUGGCAGUGCCAGUGGCUGGAACCAAGUCAACCGCAUCGUUGCGCUCCUUAUGCUCUUUCCACGGCUGCCGGAACUUUCCCACGCUCUCUCCGAGUUGAAACGGCACCUUCCAUUGGUGCUGGAGUGCGGAAAUAGGAGUGGCGUUCCUCUUGAUGACGCAGAUCACGUGUUUGUGCACCCGCUUAUCGCUCAAUAG